UCGGAGAUCCCAUCCGACCCCCGCAAAGUGAGACCGCAGCGAGGUCCGCCACACACUCCGAGCCCUCCGCGCAUCACAAGCCCACUUCUUCAUUACUAGUAUUAUUUGGGACUCCCUGAGCCAUCAUCAUGUCCGUAGCGGGCCUGAAGAAGCAGUUCCACAAAGCCACUCAGAAAGUGAGUGAGAAAGUGGGCGGAGCCGAGGGAACGAAGCUAGAUGAGGACUUUACCGAAAUGGAAAAGAAGGUGGACACCACCACUCGAGCAGUGAUUGACAUCAUGACCAAGACUACAGAGUAUCUGCAGCCCAACCCAGCGACCAGAGCCAAGAUGAGCAUGAUGAACUCCAUGUCUCGCAUGCGCGGCCAAGAAAAGGGACCCGGAUACACCCAGACGGAAGCCAUUUUAGGAGAGUCCAUGCAGCGCUUCGGGCGGGAGCUCGGAGAGGAGUCUAAUUUCGGCUUGGCUCUAAUUGACGCUGGGGAAUGCAUGCGAGAGCUGGCAGAGGUCAAAGACGCCUUGGAUAUGGAGGUCAAGCAGAACUUCAUCGACCCGCUGCAGAACCUGCACGAGAAAGACCUCAAGGAGAUUCAGCACCACCUGAAGAAGAUGGAGGGGCGACGUCUUGACUUCGACUACAAGAAGAAGCGCCAAGGCAAAGUGACGGACGACGAGCUCAAGCAAGCGCUGGAGAAGUUUGACGAGUCCAAGGACAUCGCCGAGCUCAGCAUGUUCAACCUUCUGGAGAGCGACAUCGAGCAGGUGAGCCAGCUGGCGGCGUUGGUCCACGCUCAGGUGGAAUAUCACACCCGGGCAUCCGAAAUCCUCACGCAACUCUGCGGCAAAAUCGACGAACGGAUAAAGGAUUGCUCUCACAAGCCACGGAAAGAGUACACCCCCAAACCUCGUACCACUCUGGAUUUCUCCUCUAUCAGCGAGAACCACAACGGAGGCAUUCACAGCGCUCGUUCUCCGGGGGCGAGGUCACCAGCGAGGUCUCCAGCAAGAUCUCCAGCCCGUUCACCAGCUCCCAUGGACCAGCCGUGCUGCCGCGCCCUUUACGACUUCGACCCAGAGAAUGAGGGUGAGCUAGGCUUCAAGGAGGGCGACAUCAUCACCCUGACCAACAAGAUCGACGAAAACUGGUACGAGGGGAUGCUGCACGGCAACUCGGGCUUCUUCCCCAUCAACUACGUGGACAUCCUGGUGCCCCUGCCGCACUAAAGCGCCACCCGCUGUCACGCAGCGCUUCAAAAUUCAACAAAAAAAUGAAAACCAUCUCUUUCCCGAAAAAGUUAAGGAGUCCAAACCGCAACGAUAAAGCGCCGAGCGGCCGUCGGAUAGUUUCAAAUCCGCAUUCGUGUUAUCCCACUUUUUGUCCGUCGCCGUACUUUGUGAACGUCAACUGCAGUAGGUAGAAAACAUCACGUGCAUCCUAUUUGUUAGCGAACAAAACGUAGAUCAUUCCGAAAUAAUUUUUUAAGCUGUGUAAAACACAUUUUACAAUCCCUUUUUACGUUUUUUUUCGUCGGAUUUACGAACUCCCGUUUUCGCAGUUCUUUGAUUCUUGCAUGCGUGGGGAAUAAGCGGGAUCUGUAAAAAAAAUAAAUAAAUCACGUGUAAGGUUUGCUAAAUAGCUAGCGUGUUGUUUUUUUACCUAUAGCAAUACAAGCCGCGUCCUUUUUUUUCGUCGUUUUCCGAAGUAUUUUUGAAAGACGCUCAUCUCGAUAUGUUGGAUUUACAAUCUCCGGUUUUGGGGUGUUUGUGUUUCGACGCGCCACUUCGGUUCGAUCGUUUAGCGAAGCGAAAACGCGACUUUAACGAAUAAUAAAAAUAUUUAACGUAAUGUAACAUGUUUUUAUUUUUAAAGCAGCGAAGUGGUUUUGGGUUGACCAUCUCCGGUUUAUUUUUGCGCGUUCGAGAAGGGCGAUUUAAAGCGUAUUUGUGAGUGUGUUUUUCCACGUCCGAGCCCGUCAUUAGUGAUGACGCGAUUUUACGCAAAAACGCGAGUUGUGGCGUAACGUGAGAAAAUUCCAAUUGUAUCCACGAGUGUGUGACGUCCCAAGUGAAGUGAUGACGUGAUUUGACGAAUAAUACAAGCUGUGACGUAACAUAAUAACGACGGUGCGAAAUAUACGUUGUUGGGUUUUUUUUGACAGCAAUACAUUUUCUCUCACGCUUUAGAAAAUCAUUCAUCAGCAGAAGGUUGAACGCUAGCAAUCCCAGAGUUUGCUCUGCUACUAGAAGUUCCAGAACUUUUUUGAAUGACUCGUAUGCAAAACAGAUUACUCCUGAUAGCUCUGAUUACUAUAUAUUAUUUUGGGAAUAAGGCAAUUUCUUGAUGAAUCUGAGCAUUGUCCCAGAUGAGGGUGGGUGAGCAACCGACAGGGGGAUUGCCCCCAACCUCAGAGCAGUGGUUCAUAGCCUUGUUAAAGGUACCGAACCCCAAGAGUUUCACAUGUGAGUUCACCGAACCCUUCAGAAUUUCAUAUUGAAGCAACUUUUUUCAAAUUCAGAACAAAUACAGCUAAGCUAGCGAGCUAAUAUCUAAGUGAAUAUUCCGUUUAAAUUAUCGGUUCGCAGCCAGCGGUUGGAAUGCAGAUCAGCACCUUCAAAUCCAAGACCAUGAUCCUCAGUCGGAAAAGGGUGGCAUGCCGUCUCUGGGUCGGGGAUGAGAUCCUGCCCCAAGUGGAUGAGUUCAAGUAUCUUGGGGUCUUGUUCACGAGUGAGGGUAGGAGGGAGAUUGACUGGCGGAUCGGUGCAACGUCUGCAAUGAUGCGGACUCUACACCGUAGUGGUGAAGAAGGAGUUGAGCCAAAAAGCGAAGCUCUGAAUUUACCAGCCGAUCUACGUUCCUACCCUGACCUAUGGUCACGAGCUGUGGGUCAUGACCGAAAGAACAAGAUCGCAGAUACAAGCGGCCGAAAUGAGUUUGCUCUGCAGGGUGUCCGGGCUCUCCCAUAGAGAUAGGGUGAGAAGCUCGGUCAUCCGGAAGGGACUUGGUGUCGGGCCGCUACUCCUCUGCAUUGAGAGGAGCCAGUUGAGGUGGCUUCGGCAUCUGGUUCGGAUGCCUCCUGGACGCCUCCCCGGAGAGGUGUUCCGGAUAUGUCCCACCGGCGGGAGGCCUUGGGGACGAUCCAGGACACGCUGGAGAGACCAUGUCUCUCAGCUGGCCUGGGACGCCUUGGGAUCCCGCCGGAGGAGCUGUUUGAAUUGGCUGAGGAGAGGGAUGUCUGGGUGCCAGCAGCCCUCCCCGCACAGAGCGCCAGGGGGUAACACGGGACAAGUCUGUGAAAGUGUCCAACCCGCGUCAUUCUCGGGAAUUUCCCUGGAUAUGUGUGUGAAAAGGCCCUACUUGUCAGCAUAUUCCAUCACACUUAUGCGUCACAAAAACUGUGUGCUCCUUAAUGCGUCACAAUGAACAAUUGAGAACACGAACAUGUCACAAAGAACAACUGAGAACAAAGACAUGACAGUUACCAGCUGUGCCUUUAAAGGGUAUGACAACACCUGGGGAAACGCUAAUAUUCUAUCAUUUAUCCAUAAACGCAUGCCUUUUGAAUUCCUAUCAUGCCACUUCGUGUAAUUACACACAUCGCAAAACCAAGAAAAUGAUAGAAAUUAGGUCGAUUGUCAAGCUAAAACGACCCGCCCCCGAGAUGCCGGAAAUCUAGCAUAUUGUGUGCAUGACGUCACUAUAAGGAAACAACCGGCUCAGUGCUUAGUACUGAAUGGCGGCGAUGAUGGCGGACAAUUUUGUUUCUAGUUGCAGCGACGAAACCGACGUAACUAACAUUCUUCUAAUGGUGACGAGGAGAGUUAUGAACCUUUCUUUGGUGUUUUGGGUUAUCAAUUUGAGCCCAAACGAAAGCCAACGCGGUCUAAUGAAAGGAUCAUUGAGGGGAGCCAUCACACUGAUGAAACACCAGCGGCAACAGAAACACCGAAUGGUUUGUUUUGCAUUUCUUUUUGUGAAGCUGAUACACCGUGACUGCAAAAUAAUGUAUAGAAUAAUUAUCAUUUAUUGUGCUAUCAUCGGUUUUCGCUUUGCCAACUGACACAAAUAUGAAUGGGAUUAGAGGAUUUGCUCUAUAUAUUUUACGAGCGAUAAUUUAUACAUGUGUCCAGUCCUAUAUCCAAUGCGUGAUAUGUUUUUUAAUAUAAAAGAGUACUUACUCUGGCCAUUUCCCUCCUUUGCUUUGCCUGGGGUGGUGGGGUGGUCUCAUCAGAGCCAGUCACCGUCCUCUUUCUUGAUAUCUCGGGACAUUUAGGUGGCUGCGUGUGUAGGUGGGCACCGCAUCUGCUUUCAGCAGCAAUUUUUUCGCUAAACCUGAUUUCAUUUGUCCAUAGUUCGUAUAGCUUUCAGGUGUAAAAUGCGCACCACACAAAACCGUGCCGGAGGCUGGGUCUGCAAAAUUAGCCCUCUUAGCACUGACGAACUUUACUCAUUGUCUGCGUAGUCCAGCUCUUUUUCUCGUGCUCUGGAACUCAUGGGUACUACAUUGCGACAAAUGCCUAUUUGUAAACCACAUAGCAUGACAGGUUUGAACCAUUUUAGCGAUUUUUUGAUAAAACACAAACGCAACUCUCUCGUCGAUAAACAAUGAUGGCACCUGCCUCGACCUUUUGUUUCCUUGUUAUGACGUUUCCGCCCCAUUCGGCUGUUUCCGGAAUACUUUCAGAAAUGUUCGUAAUUUUCGAUAAUUGCUCAUGAAUGCGAUUUAUUUUUCGGUUAACUUUAUUAAUAUUUGUUAUCUUGCCACAUAACGGUUCUAUUGAUACCUCGCAGCCCUUUAGUGUUUUAAUACCCUUUAAGGCACAACCUCAUAGCGUUCAGUGUCAGUUCGUCAGCGACUCAGCACUUUCCUGCAUGUCGACUGUCCAUGACCGCUUGAGCCCCAUUUCUCCAAUUCCUGAUUGUUUUGCAUGCCAACAUCAAUAAAAUCCUGUGUUCGCGAUACACAACUGGUUAGUCCGUCUCGUACUUGACACAAACUAGUUUCUCUUCCAAUUAGAUAGUGCUAGAUUUGGAAUAAAACCUGUAAAUUGGGGUCAAACCAGUUCAAAAUCUAGUUUAAAAUGACAUUUUGCCUUUAGUCAGCGUAUGAAAAUAGGGCCUUGUUUGUCUUGACCUACGCCGAACCCCUUAGACCAGGAGUGUCCAAACUAUUCCCCAUAGGUCCGCAGUUGGUACUGGAUUUCAUUCCGACAAAACGACACCUUUUCACCAAUUAGUGUCUUACAAGUGUAAUCAGUUGAUUACAGUCAGGUUGCUCGUUUUAGCAGAAAAUUCAUUGGUUAAACUGUCUGUGCACGAUUGGUCGGAACAAAAACCAAGACCCACAGUGUGCCUUGAGGCAUGUCUAUAUCUGUAAAGAUAAUAAAAAUUAAACCUAAUAUUUUGACCUGUUUAAAAACAGGCUGCCACACUGAAAAGAAAUUUGAAUUAAAGUAGAUAUUAGCUUGUUAGCUUAUCUACAGCAGUAUUUAAUUUGAAAAAAAAAAUUGCUAUAUUAUCUAAUUCUGAGGGGUUUGAUGAAUGCACAUGAGAAGCUCCUGGGGUUUGGUACCUUCAGCGAGGUUAAGAACCACUGACCUAGUGGUUAAUAGCCACUUUCGUACUGUAGGAACUAUCCGCAGUUCCUAGAACCUUUUGGGGGACAAUUGUGUCAUUUUGCGUGUUUGCACAUGUAUGAACUGGGGCCCAGGAACUGUAGUUCCUAGUACCAUUUUAGUGCCUACUCUGAUGUAGGGACUUUCAGUAGCGCCGUAGGAACUCAAUUAUCACGUCGGAGUCACCAACUGUUGGAAUUUAGUCCCCCCGGCCAAAGCUGCACGGAAACGGCGGCAGCCGAACGGAAAUGGUGCUCCGCUGUUUACCGCCCCCGCGAGCCAAACCGGGAGGAAGCAAAGCUCCGCGCGUUCCUGUGUUAACCCUUUGUACUGACUCCAUGUUCCAAAAGUUUGAAGAAGACUCACCGAAAGCAGGUUGACAAUUUAUUCAUCGACAAUGGUCAAAACACAAGGCAAAAACAGAAGACGGAGGGACAAUUCUGGAUCCAAAACAAGGCUACAUAGAAAAAGUUUCCGAGCAACAAGUCUGUCUUAUCUCAGUGUCCAGUGUUUUUUAAGUCCGUGGUGCAGGAGGCCGGGCCGAAGGUGUGUCCGGGCAUUGCUUUUGGGACCUUCACUCUGUGGCCGGUUUAGGUUCGUGCGUGGAUGGGACAUGGUUGCCACAGCGACCGAUGCUGGUCUUGACGUCACAAGCGCCCGCUAUCAACUUUGUUAUCCGGGCUGGCGCAACUUGUUUUAGGACAAAGCGCGCUGGUCUUUGUCCUUGUUCGUUGUCGGGAGAACUGAUUGCCAGAGUUGGUGCGUCAAUCUUGCUCGUGACGCACACGUUGGGCUUCUGUGAUAAGAUGGCGUUGUGUAUCUAUUCUGUUUCUUUAGGUGUGUUAGAGUAGUGCAGUCCUACAGUAAAUAUGCGAAAUUAUACUAUUCCCUGAUUAAUCAUAUUACGUGUGUUCGAGUAAUGCAAACAUUAGACAGUGCCUACGAGAAACGGUACCAUUUUUCCUUUUCCCCCUCAUGAGCGCUGAUAAGGCGAUUCACUUUACUGUCUUCAAGGGCACGGAGUGAAGUCUGCCUAAACUAUAGUUAGAUGAAUGUGUUAGACUAAUGCAAACAAUUAUAUGGUGUGAGCGAGAACGGUACCUAUUCCCUUAAGUUUUUGUUGACUUGCUGAAAUCAUUAGCUACCCCCCUUACAUAAUCGCACGUCUCAAGGAGCGCCAUAUUCAAGAAAAACUACCAUUUACUAAAUCUGUGCUCUUGCAGUUUCGUCGUUAAACGCUGGAUUUGCUCCCCAAUGGAGACGAUUCUCUUCAAACAUGCAAUAAUUGCCGCUGUGGCCUCGACAGUCUCCAUUUCGUUGGUUUACGUUCGCUGUUUAAUUUUGCCAAAGGUGGGUGUGGUGAGUAAAUAAUGCGUCACUGGCCCAGACUACAAUGUCACAGCAGUUCAUAUCAGGCGCAGCACCCAUGUGCGAACACGACUGCCUGGCGAAGGAUAGUUCCUAUAACUACCGGGGAGGCCUACAGUUAUAACAACUAAGUAUUCAAAUUCCUACAGUCCAAAAGUGACUUUUGUUCUCUCCUGCCACGCUAGUACCGUGCAUUCGAGUCCUGAUCUGACUGAGGGCGGUGGAUCGCAUUGCCAGCACGUAUCAGACCGGUUACAUCGAUCCCGUGAACCUAUUUGACAGUGAAGGUUUCGGGGGUCGGGAGUGUAACGGGUCUUCAAGAGAGCACGCUAGAGGUUAGAGCUGCUAGCCUGGGCUUUUAGCUCGAAGUUAACAUGCACUCCUGUCACCCUGGCCACGGGUUCGAGUCGUGAUCUGGUCGAGGAGGGCGGAUAGCAUCGCCGAAAUGAAUCAGACCGGUUACAUAUGAGUCAAAUGAAACAAGGCUGGGAUUGCUAGUGUGUUAAGCUAGCAUUUUUUUGUUUGUAACGAUGAAUCCGACAUCAUGGUAUUUUUUCCGUUUUUAGUAUUUCUUUGUUUGUUGAGGUAGCCUGACAUUCCGCACUGGUGAUUUCAUGCAAAACGAGAGUAGCAGCAAAACUGCAAAUGUUUCAUUUCAUUUAUUAGUAAAAUUGUUUACGCUACUUUUUUUCGUAAAAUAAAAUAAAAAAUCUGAUGGUCAACAAUACAUCCAACAUCCUUUAGAUAUUUUAGAUGUCUAAAAUAGGAUUCGCAUACCAAAGUUAUCUGUACUAUAAUUCUCGCAUGUAUGUAAUUACUUUCGCGCUCAAUGAAGUGAUGACCUGGUUUUACGGAAAAAAAAAAGUGGUCCCGAUGAGCAAUUUUUUUUUAAAUUUCCAAAGCAGUUUGUGCGCAAAAAAAUAAUGGAUGUCAUGAUAUAGUCUAACGUAUAGAGCUUUUUUUUUUUUUUUAUCUGCAAGUUUAUCUCGCGAAGAUUUUUCUCGAGAUUUAGCGAAUCGGAAAAACCAGAGUGAGACGUCAUUUUGUUUAUUUUUUCGUCUCGCUGGAUUGACGAUUGUAAAAUAUUAACCCUUCGAUAUCCAUUAACGGUCAUCUUCGUAGCUAGUAGCAACAGCUGUGGUGAACUUCUUUUCCGUACCAUUGACGGCGCUAGACGUCCAAUCCAGAGGGGCGAAUGAACGUUCGUUCAUUGCUAGCUUGCUAGCUUAUUCGCAUAUUUUCGGAGGUUUUAAACAACAACUUUACUGGCUAACGUCAUGCUACUUUUUUUUUGUUUUUCUUUCUAAUAAGGGUUCUCUUCCCUCUUUUUCUCUUCGACUUAAAAAAAAUGUGUAUCUUUGCCCUCAAUGAGGACUGUACAGCUGUUUGUGUGUUUUCUUUUUGGGUGCGUGUGCGUGUACGUGUGUCGUCGCUCACCCACAGUAACGUAAUUUUAUUUUCGUUACCAUGGCAAAGUAUUGACAAGAUUAAAUAGAUGUACAUAUAUAUAUACAGUAUAUAACACACAAUAAUAUAAGAGGAGAAGAAGGAGAGAUUCUCUGUGCUGCACAUGAUUGUUUUUUGGUUUCCUUUCAUCGUUGCACUUUCGGGAUUUGGAGAGUGUAUGCUUGAUGUCAAGACAACAACAAUGUGAUGAGUCAGUGUCAUUUAUUCCAAUAAACAAGGACAAAUGUUA